AUGUCCCAAGUCCAACUGGCUGUGUCGACAGUUAGUGCGAGAAGCUCAAGAUGGAUUCCCCCGCCAGGCCUGAGUUACAAGCCUAACUUUGAUGCAGCCAUCUUCCAGGACGGUGAGGCGUCGGGUUUCGGGGUGGUGAUCCGGAAUAAUGGUGGGGAGGUUAUGGCGGCUCUUUCUGCAAGAGGACCGGCCGUCUCUGACAAUGAGGAAGCGGAAGUUUUGGCUUGUAGGAAGGCGUUGGAGUUUGCUGCAGAUUCGGGCUUCACUGAGCUGAUACUUGAAGGAGACAACUCGGUGGUUAUGAACGCCAUUUCAAGCUCACGCAUGUUCCAGUCCAGGUUGGGCCAUCUGUAUUCCGACGUCAACUGCCUGGCUACGGGACUACCUGUACUUUCGCUAUCCUGUGUGGUUCGUUCAGCUAACUCCGUGGCGCACUUUCUAGCUCGUUUUGCACAAUGUAUCAAUGAGGAUAUGAUUUGGCUGGAGGAAUCCCCUCAACCGGCCUUGGAAGCUUUGUACUUUGAUGCACACUAA